UUCAGUAAUCAUUCACACGUGGGGUCCACGCUAUUUUUAGCCAUAAAAAAAAAUGAAAAAAUUCACAUUGUAUCAUAUCGUGUCGUGAAGCGCAUUCUCGCACCACUUUCUCAGUAAAUUUGGCAAUCAAUUUCCGUUCAAUGAAAAUCUAGAGUUCAGUGUUUACAUGGGUGUUAAAAACCAUUUACCACUAUGGGUGGGUUAUUCCAGUUCCGGGUAAAAUUUAGUCUACCUAACAGGUAACUAUCCGUCAGAUAAAUAUUACCCGACAGUUUACCGGAAACGAGUUGUUCCAUGGAUAUUUGUCCGGCCGGUAGUUACCUACCGCCGAAGAGGGAUAUAUCGCAAUGGCUGCUUCCGGAAUCGUUCCGUACCUCCUUCACUACGGUGAAAAAAACUUUCGACCACUGAUAUAUUGGUCGAACGUUCAAUUCAAAUCUUCAGUCAACGUUCGAUAUUUCACGAUCACUGUAAAAUUCGCCACGAAGUGUUUCAAGUAUUGCGUAUGACUUGUAUCGUUUAUUGUGAAAAUUUUCAACAAUUAUAUACAAGUAAGAUGUAAUGCUUGAAUAUAUAAAUGUAAGGAAAAUAUCCUCGGUCAAUUGAAUCGAGCGCGCCACUAGAUCGGGAAUCCAGAUCUCUGCGUAUACAACAGAGAUCAUCCAGGUGACAAAACAAUUAACGUGGCAGGAAACGUGAUUAGUAUGAUUGAGUGAGUCAUAUCAGUCACAACGGAAUAAAACGAAUAAAUAUAAUCCAAAGACAACCUUGUGAAAUUAACAUUGAAUGUUGUUUCUUUGUUAUUUACAGAGAAAUUAUUCGUGUUUGAUUUCACGUGAAAAAUUAACAUUAUAAAACAACAUUCUCGUCGUAUAUCACAAUGGACAGACUGCAAUUCCAUUUUAAAGUGCUCAGUGCACAGGAUGAAAAAUCUAAUGUACUGUGCAUAACUAAAAUCAGCACGCCAGAUGGUCACACCUAUAGAAUCCCACAAGAUUACCUCGCUGCAGGUAUCCACGAGGAGCUAUCUAGAACAUCAAUAUUUGCUAGGGUAAAAAAAACGUGCACACAAAGAGGACAGGUGAGAAGAAUCUGGAUUACUUUGACUAGAGAAUUAAAAAAGGUUUAUUUUGAUGAGGAGGAAAAUUUACAAUUCCAAGAUGAGUACUUAGAAGAAAUAAUUGAGGAUGCUAACAUAAACUCUAAUCUUGCGGAACAACCGCUAAUACAGAUGUUAGAAAAAUUGCUUGAAAAAAACCAAGAGAGAACUGAAGAAAAAAAUAUAGGCAAAAUAGCUAAAGAGUUUAUAAUUGAAAAAUUCGAUGGUAAAAAUUCAAAUGUGCAUCAAUGGAUGUCUAAUUUUGAAAAAGAAUGUGAACGGUUUAACAUAACCACAGAGGAGAAAAAAAUUGAGAUCUUAAAAUCAUUUAUGGAUAGAGGCGCUUCGGAUUGGUACAGUUGUACACUUCUCAAGCUCACAAUAGAAGCUGAGUGGAAAGAUUGGAAAGAAAAUUUUCUCAAUACAUUUGCUUGUAAGGGUUGGUCUCCGAUCAGAUACGCGAUGACAUUCAAAUAUCAAACGGGCUCGCUGUUGGAAUAUUCUAUAAAAAAAGAAAAACUUUUAUUACAAGUGAGACAAACCAUUGAUAAUGGAACAUUAAUAGACCUUAUUGCCACAGGUUUACCAAAUUACGUAGCCGACAGAAUUGAUAGAGAAAAAUUACAGAAGACCGAAGAUCUACAUAAUGAAAUAGGUAAAUUGGAACAUUUAGCCAACAAGAAAAAUUUAGAAACAAGGAAAAACAGUAAAUUAAGCGACAGAGGAAUAGGUGAAAAGACACAAUGUAAAAUAUGUAAAGAUAAGGAAAAAGGGAUACGUUUUCAUCCCGAAUCCGAGUGCUGGUUCAAAGCUCAAGAAAACAAAGGGAAUAGCAUAAAGCAAGUUAAUAAUCUAACGUUGGGGGUAGAACUAAGUAACGAUGAUCCAAAAAACUAAUAGUUCCACCAUUAAUUGAACUCAAAGUUAAACUAGAUGAGGUUUUAGAAGUAUCUGCUAUUUACGAUUCAGGUUCUAACAUCUCUUUGAUAAACUCAAAACUUAUACAUUUAAAAUCUAAAAAUGGGAAUGUACAAAAAACGAACUUGAGAACGAUUAAUGGUGUUUAUACAACGAACGAAUUGAUAA